AUGCAGAACUUUGCUAUCGAGGUGCCGGGUGAAGCCAAUCCUUUAACCGAGCAUACCUUACUCAACAUCCUAAAGGCCGCCGCAUCAUCAGACCCUCAGCAAGUUCAAUCAGGCGCCAAACAACUCGAAUACUGGGAGAAAGUUGCCGGCUUCUACAAACACUUGCAAAGUGUAUUCAUCGAUAAAUCACUACCAUUCGAAGUCAGAUAUCUCGCCAUUAUUCAGCUCAAGAAUGGCAUUGAAAAGUACUGGCGCAAGACUGCUGCAAAUGCUGUUUCACCUGAGGACAAAGGAGUGAUCAGAUCUCGUCUUUUGGAAAGUGGUAUCGAAGAAUAUGACCACCGUCUGGCUCUUCAGAACGCAAUUGUUAUCGCCAAGGUUUCCCGAUUCGAGUAUCCGCAAGAUUGGCCGGACAUCAUCAGCACGCUAAUCGGUGUACUACGCCGAUCGUCAGACUCCAAUGCUAACCCUAUUCACCUCCCUCGUACAUUACUUAUCCUCCUUCAUAUCACCAAGGAAUUGUCCGCUGCUCGUCUCCAGAGAUCUCGAGUCGCUCUGCAGGCUGCAACCCCCGAGAUUGUACAAGUGCUUGGACAGAUCUAUCUCGAGAAAGUACAGUCUUGGCAGGAAACUCUCAGCAGCAAUGUUGGUGAUCAAGGAGCGUUGCAACAGACGAUGCAAUCUAGUCUGUUGGCCAUCAAGACUUUGCGCCGAUUACUCGUUGCUGGCUAUGAGUUUCCCAACAGAGAAUCAGACGUGCACCAGUUCUGGCAACUCACUUUCGCCCAGGUCGGCAAUUUCAUGAACAUCAUCUCCACGCAAGCAGCCACUCUUCCCGAGGAGCUCUCAGUACCACUAGAAAAGCAUUUGCUUCAGCUGUCGAAGUUACAUCUGGAGAUGGCCAAGGCUCAUCCUGCCGCUUUUGUUCUGUUACCGAACUCUCUUGACCUUGUUCGUUCGUAUUGGGCCUUGAUCAAGCAGUUUGGAGAGACUUUCGGCUCUCGCUUGACUUCUGGCGUUUCUAGCGGAGAUGAUAGCGAGCAGAAACCGUUCCAAGAGAAAGUAACCUUAUCUGGCCUCAAGCUCGUUCGUGCCUGUAUCAAGAUGGUAUUCAACCCCGUCCAAACGUUCAAGUACAAGCAUCCUCAAGACAAGAUCGAAAAGGCAGAGGCUGUUGCAGCUGUCAAGGAGCAACUGUUGACAGACGCGUUUGUCACUGAAGUCAUGGAAGUUGUGGUCACCAAAUUCUUUGUCUUCCGACAAGGUGAACUUGAAGAAUGGAACGAAGAUCCGGAAGACUGGGAGCAGAGUUUGGAAGGCGAGAGCGAAGGAUGGGAAUACAGUGUUAGACCCUGCGCGGAGAAGCUAUUCCUGGAUCUCGCCCUCAACUUCAGAAGCCUGUUGACCCAGCCGCUGCUCAAUGUGUUCUACACGGUUGCAGCGCCUGACAACGAGGAUAUCUUGUUCAAAGACUCGGUGUACACAGCGAUAGGAUUGGCUGCAGCAGUCCUGCAACAACAUCUCGACUUCGAUUCGUUCCUGUCCAACACAAUCGUCAUCGAAGUGCAAAAACAAAAGCCUGGUUUCAACAUUCUACGCCGUCGUAUUGCCAUUCUGCUUGGUCAAUGGAUCACCGUCAAGGUCUCUGCAGAAAACAGACCCCUGGUUUACAAGAUAUUCCAGCAUCUGCUCGAUCCCAACGACUCGUGCAACGAUCAGGUUGUCAGAAUCACUGCUGGGCGACAACUCAAGAACAUAGUAGAUGAUUGGGAGUUCAGUCCAGAACAGUUCCUGCCUUAUGUGCAGACUACGAUGACGCAGCUGCUGAGUCUCAUCGAGCAAGUUGAAAACAUGGAGACAAAAAUGGCAUUGCUCAACACGAUUAGUAUUCUGGUUGAGCGAUUGGAGCAUCAUAUUGCACCUUAUGCAGAAACGAUUAUUGGCAUUCUGCCUAGCCUCUGGGAGCAGUCCGGGGAGGAGCAUCUCAUGAAGCAAGCCAUCCUGACCAUUCUGUCUCGCCUUGUAACUUCGAUGAAGGCUGCUUCUGUGCCCUUCCAUCAUCUCGUGCUGCCUAUCAUCAAGGGUGCAGUGGAGCCAGGAUCUGAUACACAAGUCUACCUGCUCGACGAUGCCUUGGACCUCUGGGCGAACAUACUGAUCCAAACACCCGCUCCAGCUUCCCCUGAACUACUACAGCUAGCACCAUACCUUUUCUCAAUUUUCGACCUAGGAUCAGAAAACCUGCGUACAGCUCUCGACAUUACUUCAUCUUAUUUCCUCCUCGCCCCUUCCGAAAUGCUCUCUGACGAGAUGCGAAAACCGCUCAUAGCAUCCCUAUCUAACCUUGUCGGCUACGUCAAAGCCGAUGCCAGCGGAACUGUAAACAACCUCGUCGAACUCAUCAUCAGAUCAGCCGAGCGCAUUGGAGGCGAAUCUGCUAUCAGCACCAUCGCCAGCGACCUCGUCGAAUCCGACUUCCUGCGCAAGCAACUCCGAGGUCUGCACGGCAGCUGGGUAGCCCACUGCACCACAGGCCCACUCGCCAGAGACCCACCGGUCGAUGGCAUCGUCGAGACCGACUACCUUUCCGUCCUCGCACGCCUAGCUCUAGGCUCUGAGAACAUAUUCCUGCAAGCCGUGCAAGCCUCUGCACCUCCUAUCCCUCUCAGCGACACCACCAACCAGCCUUCUCUGCGCGACUCCAUGAAAUGGCUGCUGGAAGAAUGGUUCAGCCACUUCGAAAACAUCGGCGACCCAUCCCGCCGCAAACUCAUGUGCUUGGCUCUCACAAAACUGCUCUCGACCUCCCAACCUUUCAUCCUUGCCUCAUUGCAAUCCCUCAUGACACUGUGGACAGACAUGGUGACCGAAAUACGCGAAGAAGGUGGCUCCGUGGACUCAGACACACUCGUCUACGAGUCUAUUGAUCAAUUGAGAAAUACCGACCCAGAAGUCAUCGAGGCGCCAGAGGAUGAAAGGAGAAGAGAGCUCAGUUUUGCGGAUCCGGUGCAUAACGUCAGGGUUGCGCAGUGGAUCAAGCAUUAUUUGGAAGUUGCUAUCCAAGCGGCUGGUGGACAAGAGGCGUUCCAGAAUGAGUGGUUGGUUAAUGUGGAUAAGGAUGUCAUUGCUGCGUUUGGCGAGCUGGGGAUCAUGUGA